AUGUCUGCCCCCGUGGUACUGUAUCAUUUCUUAGCCUCUCCAUUCGCCAACAAGAUAAGGAACGUGUUGGCGUUGAAGGGAAUUCCUCAUCAGAGAGUAGAGGUAGUGAUUCCGACUACCGUUCCGCCUCGUCCGGAGCUCUCGGAAUUGCUGGGAGUCACAUACCGCCGUACGCCCACCCUUGCGAUUGGGAACGAUGUGUAUUGUGAUUCAAGCAUGAUCGUCACGGCUUUGGAGCGCCGCUUUCCCUCGUCUGUGACGCUCUUCCCGCCUAGGAAGGGAACAAAAAGCGUCGACAAGGCAUCGAUCAUAGCGGUGGCGACGUUCUGGUUCGAAGGCGUGAUAUUUCCGGCCGUAUCCGACCAUCUCCCUUAUGAAACGAUGCCCGUAGAGUAUCUGCAGGACAGAAGCGUUCACCGCGGCGCGCCGAUCGAUAUCCCGGCUAUUCAGGCUCGACGUGACGAUACGAAGAGCACGUUGUCUUCGCACUUGUAUCUGCUCGAGCAACAGCUGACGGAUGAGCGCGAAUGGGUCAUGGACACGGAAAGCCCUAGCCUGGCUGAUGUAUCGGUCCACUUCUUGAUCAUAUGGAUGCAGAAUAUGAAAACGCUCGACGACUUAUUUGACAAGAAUACUCUUCCGAAUACGUUGGCGUGGUUCUCUCGUAUGAACGCUCAUGUAGAGAGUGCCAAGAAGGCGAACGCGAACCAGUUCACGACGAUCACGGGUGAGGCGGCCGCUACGCUGAUUGGCGGGGCGCAAGCAGAGGAUCUCAGCGUGAUAGGAUUUGACGAGACGGAGGCGGCACGCCUGAAGGUCAAGCUCGGCGACAUCGUGUCAGUCACUCCUCGGGACAACGGCAAAGUGCCGACGGUGGGGAAACUGCUGGCUCUGAACCGUGAAGAGGUCGUGAUUGAGACGAAGGGUUCUACAGCGAUUGUGAGGUGUCACUUCCCGAGGCUGGGCUUCUCCGUGAAGGAAGGUCGUGCGUAG